AUGGUGAUCUUUGCUUCACUUUGCCUCCUUUGGUGGGUCCAAUUCAACGGAGUGAGGUCUGUUAUAAUACCAUUAGAAUUUCAUGAGGAAUCAAUUGAUGACAUGUACUCUAAGUGCAAAGACGAGAUGGCGAAAAUGCUCUUUGACAAGUACUCAAAAGAACUGACAAAGGAAGGAUAUGGAACUCACUGGGACAAUGAAAAAAGCAAGAUAAAAAAAGAUAAUAUUCUGACCCAACAGGAACUGCAAGCAAUCCGUGUCUACACAGAACAUGAAAACGGAGUGUAUAACGAGUUCAGUGUUGCUGUCAGGACAGGUAAAAACAUGUAUGGUACUUCAUUUAAGUUCCACAUUUUGUAUUACCUACUUGCGUCAGCUUUGCAGAAAUUAAAAAUAGCAGACAAAAACAAGUGCCAUACUGCUUACAGACGAAACUCGGUUCCAUUUAAACAAAUGGCAUAUAAAAUGCGAUUUGGUAGCUUCGCAUCCAGCUCUCUGACACACAACCAGACCACGUAUGGUACCGAGACGUGCUUUAAAAUCAAAACUUGCUAUGGUGCUGUAAUAGAAGAAUAUUCAGCUCAUCCUGAAGAGAAAGAAGUGCUUAUACCACCUUAUGAGAUAUUCAAGAUUAUUAAAAGUAAAGAUGUUGCAGAACUGCAGGAUUGUAAAACUGUAUUUGUCUUGACAAGUGAUGGCACUAAGAGCAAUCUGGAUCAUAGGUUAAUAAGGUAA